AUGACGAUAAGGCAAAGAAACCCUGCUGCUACAGCAGCUAAUGGCAAGAAGAAUGGAACAAAUACCGCUACCAAAUUCCUUGAUGGUGCGUCGGACGAGUUCGAAUUCGGUGGUUCAAUUGGUGCCGCACUGUUGAUGAUAGGGUUUCCCCUGGUGAUGUGGUACAUGUGGAUUGGUGCAACAUACUAUGAUGGCCAGCUUCCUCUCCCCGAGUCCAACCAAACCUGGGCUGAUUUCGGUCGUCACCUGUGCCAACUGGUCUAUGAAGGAGCCUAUCCAACUGGAAAAGCAUGGGCGAUCUACUGGAUAUUCUUUAUCCUCGAGGCAGUCAUGUACUGCUACAUGCCCGGAGUUUCGAACUUUGGCCGGCCAUUGAGACAUGAAGGCGGCAAGAAGCUUCCCUACUACUGCUCCGCCUACUCCAGCUUCUAUGCGACACUUGCCAUUGCGGCUGUCCUGCACGCGACGGGUGUUUUCCCUUUAUACACCCUAAUUGACGAGUUUGGGCCUAUCAUGACUGUGGCUAUCUUGUCUGGCUUCCUAAACAGCUUUAUUGUUUACUUCCAAGCUAUCGUGCGCGGACGAACCCACCGAUUAUCUGGCUCUCCUAUCUAUGAUUUCUUCAUGGGUGCUGAGCUGAAUCCCCGAAUUGGUAUUCUUGACUUCAAAAUGUUCUACGAAGUCAGGAUUCCGUGGUUUAUUCUGUUCCUCAUCACCUGCUCCGUGGCUGCUCGCCAGUAUGAAACAUAUGGCUAUGUUUCAGCUGAGGUAAUCUUCUUGGCUGGAGCCCAUUACCUGUACACCAAUGCCUGUGCCAAAGCUGAGCAGAUGAUUAUUACAAGCUGGGACAUGUACUUCGAGAAGCUGGGAUUCCUGCUCACGUUCUGGAAUAUGGCGGGUGUGCCUUUCACCUACUGCCACUGUGCUCUUUACUUGGCCAAUCACGACCCAGCUGAGUACCACUGGAAUCCAUAUGCGCUUGGGGUGUUCGCCGCUUUGUACAUUUUCUUCUACUGGAUGUGGGAUAGCGCCAAUGGUCAGAAGAACGCAUUCCGCCACAAGGAAAAAGGCCAGCUAGUGAAACGCAACACCUUCCCUCAAGUGCCGUGGCAGGCUAUCGAGAACCCCAAGACAAUCCAGACGGACACGGGUGAUCAUAUUAUGGUCGAUGGCUGGUUUGCAAUUAUCCGCAAGCCCAACUAUGUCCCCGACAUGUUCUUCUCUAUGUCCUGGGGUCUGAUCACUGGUUUCAAGAGCCCGUUCCCUUGGUUUUACUUUAUUUUCUUCAUGAUUAUGAUCAUCCAUCGCACCAACAGGGAUAUCAACAGAUGCCGUAGAAAGUACGGCGAGGCCUGGAAGCGCUACGAGAAGGAAGUUCCUUACCUAUUCAUCCCAUAUGUGAUUUAA